AUUUCAGUGAGUUGUCAUCAUUUUGUCAUUAAAAGAUAAACACACGACUUUUUCACUGAUAAAAUGCUUUUGUAGUUAAUUCAAUUAUUCAUUGAUCGGUGAAUCGAUUCAGGGAUAACAUUCAUUUGGUUUUGAUGGCUCGACAGAGGAAAACCGUAUCGACGGCUGCCAGCAAUAGCGAUAAAUCCAAGUCGACUGCAUCAACAUCAUCAAGAAAUGAGAACAGUAGCAGCAGUUCCGCUAGAAAUAAAUCGGCCAGUCCCAAGCCUCAACCGAAAUCCUCGUACAACCGGAUAGUGGUGAUGACACAAUCGAGAAUUUUCGUUGUUUUCGGCUGUUGUUGUCUGAUUAUUGCCUCGUACUUCACAUAUGUCGGAUAUCUAGAAACUCGUGUCAAUACACCGUAUGAUGAUCAUAAGAUGGUCAACAAAGCCGGAUUGGAUGUUCCCGAACAGUAUUGGGGCACUUACCGACCGGGAAAUUACUUUGGCCUAAAGACACGCGAUCCGAAUUCAAUGGUCGUUGGAUUGAUGUGGUUCUCAACGAUACGCCUGAGGCCAGGUGGAGAAGGAAUACGUCACUGGUGCGAAAUCGGUGACAAUCUUGAUCAAUACGGAUGGAACCAGCACGAUGGAAAAACGUUCGGCGUGCAGAGAAUUGAGGAUCAUCCGUUCAGCAUCGAAACAUCGUUUGUGAAAUUUCCUGGCGGUCGUUAUGGUGGGGACUGGACGGCGCGAGUGUCAGUAACAAAUAAUGCCCGUGAUUCAAAGGAACCUAUGUCGCUUAUCUGGUAUACGGCGAUGGACGAGAAAACGGGUGGCAUUUUAACAACCAACACACAUUCUAAGUUGACCGGCAUUCGCGGUGAAACACCCGGAUUAGGAGAAUUUGAAUUAGAGAUUCAUCGAUCGAAUGGCUCGAUAAUACAUCAGUCGUAUCUCAGCACGGUGACUCCGAAUCUUCAAGUUUUACGGCAGGUUGUGACGUCACAUUUCCGUUUGGCCACUGACAAGCAAACUAAUCAACGAAUCAUUACUCUACCCGGAGAUGUACUGACUUCCAACACCGGUGAAAUCCAUCAACCGAAUUUCAUAGCGACGCUCAUCACCGGCCGACCACCGUUUUCUAUCGAUAUUUCAUAUCGAUCAACUUCUGGUUUCUCCGUUUCGGAACUGGAGACUCGACCAGGACCGCCGAUCAAAGAAAGAUACACAGAAGCACUGGAAGCGAAACGGAGUCAAUUCACUAGGACAUUCGAGGACACGUUCAAAUUAAAGGAAAAAGGCUACUCAGAGCCAGAGAUUCGUUUCGCUGAGUCUGCCCUCAGUAAUAUGUUGGGAGGAAUCGGAUACUUUUAUGGUUCUUCACGUGUUCAAAGUGUCCACACCACAGACCCAGUACCAUAUUGGAAAGCUCCACUAUAUACAGGCGUUCCGUCAAGGAGUUUCUUUCCGAGAGGAUUUCUGUGGGACGAGGGCUUUCAUGGACUGUUGAUAUCGUCUUGGGACGUCGGUAUCGAAUUGGACAUAAUGACGCACUGGUUUGAUCUGAUGAACGUUGAGGGAUGGAUACCACGUGAACAAAUUCUCGGCGCUGAAGCGCUAGCCAAAGUUCCCGAAGAAUUUGUCACACAACGGAAUACGAACGCGAAUCCGCCCACGUUCUUCUUAACAUUAAAAAUGAUCCUGAACAAACAUUCUCAUGCAUUGAUGGCCAAAGGUCGGCUAUCCAUAUUGGAACGAUUGUAUCCUCGGUUACAGGCUUGGUUCUCGUGGUACAAUACCACACAGAAAGGUGACGCUCCCGGUGCGUAUCGCUGGCGAGGCCGUGAAAACUACAGUCCACAUGAGUUGAAUCCUAAGACGCUAACAUCGGGACUUGAUGAUUAUCCCAGGUCGUCGCAUCCGACUGAUGAUGAGAGACACGUCGAUUUGAGGUGCUGGAUUGCUUUCGCCGCAGGUGUAAUGGCAGAUUUGGCCCAUUUGCUUGGUCGGGAUGACUCGAAGUACUUGGAAACGCAUUACUAUUUGUCUGACAAUUCAUUGCUUAACUCAAUGCACCUCUCUUAUACGGACACCUAUUCGGACUGGGGACUGCAUACCGAUGCGGUUACACUGAAACGUUCCCAGCAAAUAAAUCCAAUUAGCAGCACAUCAAAUCAAAAUAUCGAACCGGCGCCGAAGAUUCGAGUAACACUGAAACAACCGGAAUUACGUUUCGUCGAUUCGACAUUCGGUUACGUGAGCUUGUUUCCGUUCCUAUUGGAAAUUCUCACACCCGAUGCUCAACCAUUAGCAAAGAUACUGAAACAAAUUCGAGAUCCGGAAGUACUCUGGUCUGACUAUGGAUUGCGUAGCUUGUCAAAAUCGUCACCACUGUACAUGUCGCGAAAUACCGAGCACGAUCCACCAUAUUGGCGAGGUCAAAUUUGGAUGAAUAUAAAUUAUUUGGCGCUGAAAGCCUUGCACCACUACGGUAGUCAACCGGGUCCGUACAGUGAGGAGGCAAAACGGAUCUACGUUGAACUGCGACACAAUCUAGUCAAAAAUGUGAUCAACCAGUACAAACGGUCUGGAUAUAUAUGGGAACAGUAUAACGAUAGCACCGGUCAAGGAUCCGGUUGCAAACCAUUUACGGGCUGGAGUGCUCUGGUGGUACUGAUGAUGGCUGAGCAAUAUUAGAAAUUUAACAAAGAAAAAAAAAUUUCAUCAAAUUUAUGACUGAGAGACGAGCCCUUCUUCAUCGUCUAUGUGAUAAGUUCUUUUUUAGUGUGGUGGUUUGUGGCAUUUUCAAUCGGUAAAUGAACGAACCCCAAAAAGAAACAAAACAAAAAGUUACAAAUUGUUCUGCUGCUACGUUUAGAACAUUAAUAUAUAAAUGAUAAAGUAGAGAGACUACAAAAAUAAUAUUUAGCCGAGCAUGAUGUAGUUGAUGCUGUGUUUGAUAUUCUCAAUUUUCUCCACCUACUUGUACUACUGUUUAGGUCGAUACUACUACUUUCUGAUGUUUUAAAUAAACGGGUUAACACUUUU